AUGAGUGGAACAGAAUUUUUUAACUUUGUAGAAUUAUGUGGCGUCAAACUUGAGCCUGAAAAUGUACAAAUUUACACGGAUUUGUAUGUUAGUUUCACGCAAUUUAAAAAAACGUUAACAUAUGAACAAAGUUUAGAAUGUGCUUUUAUAGAAUGGAAAAGACUUGGGGAAAAUCGGUUCAAGACGUUAUUGGACAACCACUACCAUCUACCCUCACAACUACAGAAAAUUCACAAUAAAGACCCGACCUGUUUUACCAACUACACGUUACACUCGCCUGCAAAACAAGCACUGCAAAAUCUUACCGUCGACAACGUUGAAAAUAGCCUAAACCCUACCGCAGCCCGUGUUGAAAUUGACGUGCUAGGUGAGUGUGAUGAUUUACUACAAAAUCUAAUAUGCCAGCAACCACAACAAGAUCAUAUAAAUACAGAUGAAUUGGUUACUAUAAACACUGACGACAUUUGUACCGAAUCACCACUUUUAGCUAGUAAAACUGUAUCUGUGUCCGGUUCACCACCUCCACCACCACACCAAUGCCAAGGUAAAAAUAUGGAACAAAUUAAAGCCCUAUGAAAAACCUCAAAACCUUAAACCUAUUCCUAAAACCCGAAAACGUAAGCGUACCCCUGAUGCUGAUGAUUGCGGUCCCGACCCUGGCCGUCCCACACACGAAACCGCUCUUCUAAAAACCGCUAAUGGUACGGAUGAAGAAGAUGCGUAUACAAGCAAAUUUGAAAGCAGAGAACUGAUUUUGCUAACCGGCGUAGGUCUUGAAAGAAAAAAAAGAACAAUACUAACAAAAUACGGUAGCAAUAUAAAAUGUAGUGCAAGUAAGCACUAUAAUUCCUAUGAAUUUAUAGACAAUCUUAGAAGACAAGCCUUAGAUAAAAUAAAAGAACAGCGUGAAGUGCUAAAUAGUCUUAAUGCACUAGAAUUUUUCAUAGAAAAAGAUAUUAAAAAUAGCGAUAGCAAUUAA